AUGGAUUUGUCUUUGUCUCUAUUUUUAGCUUUCGGUCUCAGCUCUCCGAGUGGAGAAUACGUUCAAAAUAUCGAUAAAAUAUUGGAGGCCCGAUCCUCGGAUCAUUGUACCCUAGGAGGGUAUCACAUUCCUAAGGACACUAUGUUGUUAGUCAAUGCAUGGGCAAUUCACAGGGACCCCAAGCUGUGGGAUGAACCAACAAGUUUUAAGCCUGACAGGUUUGAAAAUGGAGAAAUUGAUCAUGAAACUAAUUAUAAGCUAAUGCCAUUUGGCCUGGGAAGGAGGUCUUGCCCUGGAAUGGAUCUAGCUCGCCGUGCUGUUGGCUUGGUUUUGGGGUCACUGAUUCAGUGCUUCGAGUGGAAAAGAGUUGGUCAAAAGGAAAUUGACAUGACUGAAGGCAAAGGUGUGACUAUGCCUAAAGCUGAACCUUUAGAGGCUUUGUGCAAAGCACGCAACAUGGCAAAUAAGCUGAUGUCUUGA